CUUCACAAAACAGAGACCAAAACACUACACCAUGGAUGAAGUGAAGCUCUUUGGGUUUUGGGCAAGUCCUUUUAGUAGAAGGGUCAUUUGGGCAUUAAAGCUAAAAGGUGUGGAAUAUGAAUACAUUGAAGAAGAUCUGCCUUAUAAUAAGAGUGAUCUGUUGUUGCAGUACAACCCAGUUCAUAAAAAGAUCCCAGUGCUCGUUCAUGGAGGAAAGCCAAUUGUAGAGUCAUUGGUUAUUUUGGAAUAUAUAGAUGAAGUGUGGCCACAUAAUCCUUUGUUGCCAAAAGAUGCUUACGAGAGAUCCGUAGCUAGAUUUUGGGCCAAAUUCAUUGAGGAAAAGAGUCAUUUAAUCGCAAAGCUUUAUCGAACCGAUGGCGAAGAACAGCAGGAGGCAGCGAAGGAGUACUUUGAAAUGCUGGAAGUCCUUGAAGAGCACGCGUUGAUCGGAGGGAAAAAAUUCUUCGGCGGAGACGAGAUAAACAUGGUGGACAUUGCAUUUUGCUCGGUUGCUCACUGGCUCAGGGUUGUCGAAGUCUUUGCAGGGCCUAAAAUCUUUGAACCACACAAGUUCCCUCGAUUGAAUUCGUGGAUUCAAAAUUUAAAAUCAGUCCCUGUAAUCAAAGACAACUUGCCCGAUACUGAUAAGAUGCUUGCGUUGUUGAAACGUUGGAGAGAAAUGUUGCUGGCAUCAAAAUCGAGUUAGGGUUUGGAAUAUUGAUUGCAUUUUCUCCCAUGGAAGUGUUAAAUGUUCCCCAUACAAAUAAAUAAAACAAAAUCUAAGGGUUUAAGAAUUUGAGAGGAUUUGAACAUUUCUGUACUUUAUUUAAGGUUUUUAGAAUUUGAAUUACUCAAGCUACCGAUUUAUUGUACUAAUUCCAAUUGGUUUCUUCUUAAUCGAUACUUCGAUUGGUUUUCGAUUUGAUCUAA